AGCAUUCAAUUUUAAAAAAUCCCAGAAAUUUCAGCAUUUUAAGUAAUCCAUUAUUCACUUGAAAUCUUAUAGUUUGAAAUUCUUGGUUUAUAAUCCUGAUACCCAAUUCAAACUAGUUGAUAUCGAUUGCCUAAGUGGAAGAAAAUCGCUUUUGUUGUUAGUUAUGCUCAUGAGUUGAUGUGUUUAUUUGAUUUUUACUCGAUAAAUCUGGUUAAUACGCCAUUGAUUUUGUGGAAACCCAUCAAUUAAGAAAGCAAUUGUUGUUUCAGUUCCCGUUCGUGAGAAUUUGGAAUUCACCUCUAGUGGGUUUUCCGAAAUUGAUUUUCAGGGUCAGGUUCGAUUCGUGUUUGAAUAAUUAUAUGAUUGUUCGGAUUGUCAAUUUUAAUGAUGGUGUGUGAAGGUAAGGCACUAACCAUUCAUGUUGAUGUGUAUCAUGUUGGUGAUGAUGAAUGGAGGAAAUUGGGGAUGACGGUUGUGCCUCACAAUAUCACCACCGUUAGACGGAGAGAGGUAUGUUUGAAUGUGGUAAUUCAUUAGAUUUGUAAUGCGGAUGCAAAUUUGAAAGUGAAUGCGAAUUCGGAUGAAUUCUGAUGUGCAUUGAGUUCAUCAGUUUAUUUUGGCAUUGAAGUUGGAAACGAUGAAUUUGAGGUAAUUAAUUCACCAAAAGAAUGAAUUACAUCGAAUUUGAUUCCCAUUCACAUCCGAAUUCUUAUUCAUAUUCGCAUAUGCAUAUGCAUUACAAAUCCAAUGAAUUACCCCAUUUAAUCACACUCCUCUCCAUCUAAUGGUGGUGAUAUUGUGAAGCAUCACUGUCGCCCCCAAUUUCCUCCAUUUAUCAUCAUCAACAUGAUACACAUCAAUAUGAAAAGUAGUGCUCCUCACAUCACCAUUAAAAUAGACGAUAUGAACAACCUCAUAAUAUUUGAACACGAAUCGAAUCCGACCCUGAAAAUCAAUUUCGGAAACCCACUAGAGAUGAAUUCCAAAUUCUCAAGAACAGGAACAGAAGCAACAAUUGCCUUCUUAAUCGAUGGAUUCCAUAAAAUCAACGGUGUAUUAACCGGAUUCAGGGAAUAAAAAUUAAACAAACACACUAACCCAUCAGAAGAACUAACAACAAAGCGGUUUCUCCCAAUUAGGUAAUCAAUACAAGCUUGUUUGGAUUGGGUCAGGGUUAUAAAUCGUAGAGUUCAAACUAUAAGAAUUCAGGUGCAUAUCAAUGUAUUCCUUAUAAAAGCGGAGAUUUCUGGGCUUUUUUUAGAUUAAAUGCCGAACCACUAUCGUUUCAAUUCCAGCCAUCUGAUCAAUGGGUUUCACAUUAUGUGCUAUUAUACAAAUAGGAGAACAAAAGGUGACAGUUGCUUAUAACAAGGAUCCAAGUCCAGUAAAGCUGAAUUUAGGAGUUGGUGCUUAUCGAACUGAGGAAGGAAAGCCUCUUGUAUUGAAUGUAGUCAGAAAAGCUGAGCAAUUGUUGGUUAAUGAUCCGUCUCACUUGAAGGAGUAUCUUCCGAUUCUCGGACUGUCUGACUUCAAUAAGCUCUCUGCAAAGCUCAUUCUGGGGGCUGAUAGCCCUGCUAUAUUGGAGAAUAGGGUUGCUACUUCCCAGUGUUUGUCUGGUACUGGGUCACUUAGGGUUGGAACUGAAUUUCUUGCAAGGCAUUACCACCAACGCACAAUAUACAUUCCCCAGCCAACAUGGGGAAACCACCCAAAAGUUUUCACUUUAGGAGGGCUUAUUGUAAAGAGUUACAGAUACUAUGACCCAGCAACACGAGGUCUAGAUUUACAAGGUCUCUUGGAGGAUCUAAAUUCUGCUGAGUCAGGAGCAGUAGUGCUUUUCCAUGCAUGCGCUCAUAAUCCAACUGGUGUUGAUCCUACCCUGGAACAAUGGGAACAGAUAAGACAGCUAGUAAGAUCAAAAGCGUUGUUACCUUUCUUUGACAGUGCCUAUCAGGGCUUUGCAAGUGGAAGUCUUGAUGAAGACGCACAGUCUGUACGUAUGUUUGUUGCUGAUGGAGGUGAAUGUUUCAUAGCUCAAAGUUAUGCAAAAAAUAUGGGUCUCUAUGGAGAACGUGUUGGUGCUCUCAGCAUUGUUUGCAAGACAGCAGAUGUCGCAAGCAGGGUGGAAAGCCAACUGAAGCUUGUGGUUAGACCUAUGUACUCCAAUCCCCCUAUUCAUGGAGCAUCUAUUGUAGCUAAAGUACUCAAAGAUAAGAAUUUGUAUGAUGAAUGGACUGUUGAGCUGAAGGGAAUGGCUGAUCGAAUCAUCAGCAUGCGCCAGCAGCUCUUUGAUGCAAUAACUACUAGAGGUACACCUGGAGACUGGAGUCACAUUAUCAAACAGAUUGGGAUGUUUACUUUCACUGGCUUAAAUGCUGAACAAGUUAGUUUCAUGAGGCAAGAGUACCAUAUCUACAUGACAUCUGAUGGGAGGAUAAGUAUGGCCGGUUUGAGCUCUCGGACUGUUCCUCAUCUUGCAGAUGCUGUACAUGCUGCUGUUACCCGGGUUGCUUAGAAUAAAACUCAAAUUUUGAAGAACGUGGCUGAUGAGUUCACUUACUUUCCCUUUCGGAGAAGCUCUAUACACCACCUAUUUUACUUGUUUGUUGUUUCUAAUAAAAUUUUCCUGGAUUGGGAGCUUUACAUGUAUUAGCUUGAGCUCAAAAUUUUUGAAAAGUUGGCCUUUCCUGAGUUUUAGAUAAUAAAAUACUCAGUGUAAGAUGAGUGAAAUUGUCUUUGAAUAGGUUAUCUACGGACGAUCAUCUUAGAUAGUCGUGUUAAAAAGUUGCAUAAACUCCUUAUUGUCUUUCAAUAAUACAACAACAUUUUUAUCCCCACCAA